UCUUGCUCUGGAAUUUUGCUUUUACAAUCUGUAUUGAAUUCUGAAAUCUUUGUUGGGAGAUGUAGAAUUCUCAAGUCGCAGAGUUUGCCGGGCACGCUUCCAUCUCAGCUCUUCAAGUUGCCCUACUUGAAGGAACUUGAUCUCACUCGGAACUAUCUUAGCGGAGAAAUUCCACGAGAAUGGGGCUCCACGAAGCUUCUCAAAAUUUCUUUGUUUGGAAAUCGGUUGACGGGUUCGAUUCCGGAAGAGAUUGGAAACAUCACUACUCUUAGAGAGUUGGUCUUGGAAAACAAUCAUUUGUCGGGGAGGUUACCUUCAGCCCUUGGAAAUUUGUCGAACUUGGAAAGAUUUUUUCUUUCCUCGAAUAACUUUACUGGCAAGCUUCCGAAGUCUCUGGGAAUGCUGAAGUCAUUGAUCGUUCUUGGAAUUCGGUGACAAUAACUUUGAAGGACAAAUACCAACUUUCAUAAAGAAUUGGAUAAAUAUUGA